AAUCUAACAUGGACUGCCUGUCGUGACAAGAAAAAUAAGAAGUAUUCUGCCCUUGACAACAAUGGCGACUGCUACAAAAAUUAUCCAAAGGCUCAGAAAUCUUUUAUCCGGGCAUGAUCUGCAAGCAAAGCUCCAGUUGCGCUACGGUGAGAUUGCGAAGAGGACCCAACCACCCCCCAAACUUCCAGUUGGUCCCAGUCACAAGUUUGCCUUCAAUUACUAUAAUGGCAGAGAUGGGCGUAGAGAGUCUGCACCAGCCACCGUCGUGAUGUCCAGUCAAAAGGCCCUCGCUGCUGGCCAAGCUCUGGAGGUGCCAGCAAAGCGUCCUGUCACACCUGGUAAUGUUCCCAGGGAGCUCACGCUGUCUACAGACCAGCCAUACCUCUGAACAACAUCAACAAAUCAUUUUUCUCCUGACUUACUUUAGGCCUGACAGCAGAGCACAAUGUUGCUCUCCCUAUUGUUCAAAACCUGUAAAAUAUCUAAGUGUUAAUAAAUUAUCUAAUGUUUGAAGAAA